GCACUAAUUUCCAUAGUCGACAAAACCUCUCUUUGCAUAGAUAUGUAUGUAAAAACAGAACAUUCAGUACAGAGGCCAGAGUGCCAUCGAAGGUAAUUAUAGGGACAGUAAAGUUCUUAUACGCCAGCAAAAACGCUGGGUGUUUCAGGGAAUUUCAGAAUCUGAUUUCAAAAGGAUCAUACAGGGAGGAAAUAAAGUUUAGCAUGGUGGACUCCUCUACAGCAUAUAUUUGUCAAUGGAAUGUUUCCACAUAUCUUACCACCAAUAUGAGAAAAAAAUGAUUAUUGUUGCUGAGAAGCUUGAUAAAGCCUGGGCUGACUAAACUCUACCUGAAUUUUAAAGUCAAAGUUACACUGACCAGAGUGAGGAAAGUCAGAAAAAUGAGCAGGCGGAAGUGUUGGAUUUGUAAGGUGUGCAGAGAUGAAUCUAAGAGACCCCCUUCAAACCUUACUCUGGAAGAGGUAUUACAGUGGGCCCAGUCUUUUGAAACAUUGAUGGCUACAAAAUAUGGUCCGGUGGUCUAUGCAGCAUACUUAAAAACAGAGCACAGUGAUGAGAAUAUUAAAUUCUGGAUGGCAUGUGAAACCUAUAAGAAAACUGCCUCACAGUGGAGCAGAACUUCCAGAGCAAAGAAGCUUUAUAAGGUUUACAUCCAGCCACAGUCCCCUAGAGAGAUUAACAUUGACAGUUCAACAAGAGAAGCUAUCAUCAAAAAUAUUCAAGAACCCACUCAAACAUGUUUUGAAGAGGCUCAAAAAAUAGUGUACAUGCACAUGGAAAGGGAUUCCUAUCCCAGGUUUCUGAAGUCAGAAAUGUACCAGAAACUUCUGAAGACUAUUCAAGCCAACAACAAUUCUUGACCACCACUCAAAAGUUUAAAUUGAAGAUGGUAUAUAGAAAGUGUUGGUUUUGUUCUUCUCAUAUAAAACUAAAUAAAUAAAAUCAGAAAUAGAGUAGUAAAGAAAUAGAAGAAAUCAAGCCAUAAAUUGAUUUCUGGUUCUCAAAUAGAAACGGAUGGACUACAGAACUCUUACAACAUGAAUAAUACAAUUUAUGGCAUACCUAUGCAGCUCACUUAAUAUAUAUGGAGAAGGAAGGUCUUUCUUCAUAAACAACAUAUGUAACAUAAAUAAAUAAACGUGAACAAGGGAUUUUACUGUACAAAUCAACUAAAUGAUAAAGUUUUUACUGUACAAAUCAACUAAGUGGAUUUUUUAAUUAAUGAAAUUUUGCUGUCAUAACGCACAGAUAGUUCAGUUCUUUAAAAAUUAUAGCUAUAUGAGUUGUGUCUCUAGCAUGAAUGUAUUCUUUAAACAGAGUGCUUGUAGUAACUUUAUUAAUAACUAGUAGACAAACCUGGUACUCAGAGUAUAAUCAAUGGUAUUAUAUCAUGAGCAAUAUAAAAAGAUGUGUUCUUUAAAGAUAUUUUAAAAUUUUCCUGCUAUUAUGUGCAUAACUCUACUUCUAUAUCAUAUAGAUCUUCUACAUGUGAAAAAUUCCAAAUGAGUCUAAGCUAUUUAAAUGUAUGAAUUUCCUCAUUUAUUUCUGUACUUAUAUUGCUAUGGGGUAGGAAAUUUGGUUCCUAUAUUUUGAGAUUAUUUUUCUCACAAUGUGAAUCCAUCACAAUCCUGAAAAUCAAUAAAUACAAAUAUAAACAAAAAA